UCCGCCAAUCGUAGCCAGCGUUACAUAGGAACGCGUGGAGGUGGAAGCUGAUCAGGAAGUAAGGUGAAGUAAACAGAGCAGGUAGAGAUGAACUCUCUGGAGCAGGCUGAAGAUCUGAAAGCUUUUGAGAGAAGACUUACUGAAUAUGUUUCAUGUUUACAGCCAGCAACUGGACGCUGGAGAAUGAUUCUUAUUGUGGUUUCCGUUUGUACUGCAACCGGCGCAUGGAAUUGGUUAAUAGACCCAGAAACACAGAAGGUGUCAUUCUUCACAUCGCUGUGGAACCACCCCUUCUUUACAAUUAGCUGCAUAACUUUAAUAGGACUCUUUUUUGCUGGGAUCCACAAGAGAGUUGUGGCACCGUCAAUAAUAGCAGCAAGAUGUCGUACUGUGCUAGCAGAGUAUAACAUGUCAUGUGAUGAUACGGGGAAAUUAAUUCUUAAACCAAGACCGCAUGUCCAGUGACCUUUUUCUUGCAUUAUCUGAAGGUAGUAGUGGAUUGGACAAUAUCUUCAGUUUCUCUUUAAUCAGGUCUUGUGUAAGACGCGUUACUGCCAAAAAGGAACAUCGAGACAUGAAAACAGAAACCCUUGAAAAAUUUACCGCGAAGAUGUUGAAUGUUUUUUUACUUAAAGACUGCAAUUAGAGUUCAUAAUUUUCACGUAAUCAUUUCACUUUUUUUUUUUACAACGUCCUAAAACGAAGCAAAAAAGGAUUCAUUCAUAUACAGUAUUGUACAAAGUAGCUUUUUCAGGGCCAUUUUUUUUUCUUUUUAUUACACUUUAACCAAAUAGAGCAUAUGGCAAAAAGUGCUGAAAAUAAAUAAGUUAAAUGAA